UAAAAUCUGAGGAAGAAAAAGAAAAGAAGAAACACUUUAUUCUCUUUGCAGCUCUUGGCUAUAUUUCAUACUCGCAAUCGAGCAGACUCCAAACUGUUUCCCCUCGAUAAAAAGCAGGUAUUAGAGACUGAGAGCAAUGAUGAAUAUUCUUUGAAAGCUAGGGCUUCAUUUGCAGCUUUCGCAUUUCCCGCAGUUGGAGGGAUUGAAGUAUAGAGAAGUUCUAGCUUCUUCAGUAUCUCAGGUAUAAGUGAAAGCCACCGUUUCUGCAACUAAUUCAUUCCUCUGUGAGAGAAGUUCCGCUGCCAGUAUUAGAAUAAAAAAUAAGACUUAAAAAUGAUGUUGCAGACCUGCGUUGGUUCUUCCACAGAGCUCAGAUUUGCAGCUCGAGCUUACAUCGGUUCACCUUCAUCAUGUAAGCAUCAAACCCUUUCCUCUAUUUCUAAUUCUAAGCUUUUUCUGGGGUUCAAGUCACGCAGUAAUCCCCUGGCUUUGGAUAGUUUUAAAAAACACACGACAAAUUCACAUGCCCAGAAGAAAAGUCCCAGCAAAGAUGGGUAUUCUGUGGGGUUUAAGCUUCAUUGUCAUUCAAAGAUUGUAACUUUACCCAGUAAGAACGUGAAUAAGGGUAAAAAAAAGAAGUAUGGAGGCAUUUUGCCUUCGGUUUUGCGUGCUUUGGAGGCGGAGAAGGAUGUUGAGAAGGCUCUUGAUGUGUACUAUGGGAAGCUCAGUCCCAAAGAGCAGACAGUGAUUCUCAAAGAGCAACGUAAGUGGGAUAAGGUUGUGAGGGUUUUUGAGUGGUUCAAGUCACAGAAAGAUUAUGUACCCAAUGUCAUACACUAUAAUGUUGUGCUUCGGGCACUGGGUAGAGCUUGGAGAUGGGAUGAGUUGAGGCUCUGUUGGAUUGAAAUGGCAAAAAAGGGGGUCUUGCCCACAAAUAACACGUAUUCAAUGCUAGUAGAUGUUUAUGGAAAAGCGGGGCUGGUGAAGGAGGCGCUUUUGUGGAUUAAACAUAUGAAGUUGAGAGGGAUUUUUCCGGAUGAAGUCACAAUGUCUACCGUUGUUAAGGUCUUGAAGGAUGCAGGGGAAUAUGAUAGGGCUGACAGGUUCUAUAAGGAUUGGUGUUUUGGGAAAAUUGAACUGGAAGAUCUUGAUUUGGAUAACAUGGGUGAUGAACAAGCUAUUAGUUUUAAACAGUUUUUGUUGAGUGAGCUUUUUCGAACUGGGGUAAGGUCACAUUCUUUGGCGGAUUUCAGGCAUAUGGAAAGUUCCGUGAGAAAACCACAUCUCACUGCUACUUAUAAUACUCUUAUAGACUUGUAUGGAAAAGCAGGUCGCUUGAAGGAUGCUGCAGAUGUUUUUGCUGAUAUGUUGAAGGCUGGUGUGGCACUGGAUACCUUUACAUUCAAUACCAUGAUUUUUAUUUGUGGUAGUCAGGGUUAUUUGUCUGAGGCUGAGGCUUUGCUUAACAAAAUGGAGGAAAGGGGGAUUCCUCCUGAUACAAAGACUUACAACAUUUUUCUUUCACUAUAUGCUGAUAUGGGGAAGAUGGAUGAAGUUCUUCAGUGCUAUAGGAAUAUUAGAGAGGCAGGUCUUUUUCCCGAUGAUGUAACCUAUAGAACUGUCCUUAAAAUACUGAGUGAAAGAAAUAUGGUUGAGGAGGUGGAGGUUGUGAUUCAAGAAAUGGAGAAGUUGGAGAAGCACAUUGAUGAAAGCUCUCUUCCAUUACUUGCUAAGAUGUAUGUUACUGCAGGAUUGUCUGAACGGGCAAAGCUCCUGGUUGAGAAGUUGCAAUCAUAUGGUGGGUUUUCAUCACAGACAUAUGCUGCUAUGAUAGAUGUAUAUGCAGAGAAGGGACUUUGGGCUGAAGCUGAAGCUUUAUUCUACACUAACAGGGAUGCCUGUGAACAGAAAAAGGAUGUUUUGGAGUACAAUGUCAUGAUCAAAGCUUAUGGUAAGGCUGCACUAUAUGACAAAGCUGUCUCACUCUUCAGGGGUAUGAGGAAUCAAGGGACAUGGCCAGACAAGUGCACAUAUAACUCCCUUAUCCAAAUGUUGGCUGGAGGCAAUUUAGCAGAUAAUGCAGGACACCUUUUGGCUGAAAUGCAGGAAGCAGGGUUUAAACCUUCAUGUUCAACCUUCUCAGCUGUUAUUGCUAGUUUUGCAAAGACAAAGAGGCUCUCUGAUGCAGUUGAUGUGUUCCAAGAAAUGUUACAAGCAGAUGUAAAGCCAAAUGAAUUUGUUUAUGGGUUGUUAAUUGAUGCGUUUGCAGAGGAUGGCAAACUUGAAGAAGCAAAGCACUAUUUCCAUGUCAUGGAAGAUUCUGGGAUUUCGGCAAACCAGAUAAUUUUAACUUCCAUGAUUAAGGCAUAUGGUAAAAUUGGGUCGGUGGAAGGAGCAAAGCAACUAUAUGAGAAGAUGAAGACGUUGGACGGCGGUCCUGAUGUUGUGGCAUCCAAUAGUAUGCUUAAUAUAUAUGCUGAAUUCGGAAUGUUGUCUGAAGCAAAAGCCAUAUUUGAUUCUUUGAGACAGAAAGAUUGCGCUGAUGGGGUUACAUUUGCAACCAUGAUGUAUGUUUAUAAGAACAUGGGCAUGCUUGAUGAGGCGAUUGAAGUUGCAGAAGAGAUGAAACAGUCUGGUUUAGUGAGAGAUUGUGUAACUUAUAAUAAAGUGAUGGCAUGCUAUGCCACCAAUGGGCAACUAGUUGAGUGUGGUGAAUUGCUGCAUGAAAUGGUAGUUAAGAAGAAGCUUUCGCCAGAUGGGGGGACCUUUAAAGUACUAUUUACUGUGUUAAAGAAGGGAGGCAUAGCAGCUGAAGCCGUACGACAGCUACAAUCAUCUUUCCAGGAUGGGAGACCCUUUGCUAUGCAAGCAGUGAUAACCUCUGUUUUCUCCAUAGUAGGCCUGCAUGCAUAUGCCCUUGAAUCUUGUGGAACCUUCAGAAAGGAAGAUGUAGGGUUUAGUUCCUUUGCUUAUAAUGCUGCAAUUCGCGCUUACGUAGCUUAUGGCAAGAUUGAUGAGGCGUUGAACAUGUUCAUGAAAAUGCAAGAUGAAGGGCUUGAGCCUGAUAUUGUUACCUUAAUCAAUCUUGUAAAUUGUUAUGGAAAGGCUGGCAUGGUUGAAGGGGUGAAGCGCAUACACAGCCAAUUAAAAUAUGGAGCAGUUGAGCCAAAUGAAUCAUUGUAUAAGGCUGUCAUUGAAGCUUAUAAGAAUGCGAACAGGCAUGAACUUGCUGAAUUGGUCAGUCAAGAGAUGAAAUUUGCUUCUGAAGCACAACAGUUUACAGAUUCUGAAACUGAAGAUCCUGAUGAAACCUCUCUACCUCAAUGAAUAACCAUCAUGUAGGCAUAGAAGUAACUCGAAGUGCAAAAUCACAUUACGGGUGAAGGUUCGUCGGUCUUCAGCAAAUACAGACUACUGUACAUUGAGAAAGAAGUUCACGUUAUUGUGACAUUGUAGAAGAUUCUUAUGCAAAUAUUAAGUCUCUCCAACUGAUUUUAAUAAACAAAGAGAAUACUGUAGAUUGACAAGAAAAGCAAACAAUUUCGUAACAGUAAAGACAACAAAUUUGCAAUCA